CUCAAGCAACUACCUCUCCAACCAUCCACAGUUCCACAAGUAUGUACGUCCCCUCCUAAGCUAAAAUCCGUGUUAUUCAUUACGAUACACGUUCCAUUAACAAAAAAAAAAAUUAAACCAGAUAAAAAACCCAUCAUCAAUCACAAUUUAAUUCCAUUCCAAAUCGCCUCAAUCCUCAAUCUGACCUUGCAGUUAAUCUAAAGUACAACGUAAACAAAACACAAGUAUCUCUUGCGAUAAUUACUUAAAAAUAACUCCAACUGUGACUUUCACCAGUUUUCAGUGCACCUUCAGCCGCAAAAUGUCGCGAAAAAUCGGAAUCGUAGGCAGUGGAUUAAUCGGGCGCUCGUGGGCCAUGCUUUUCGCCAGCGUGGGCUACCAGGUGACCAUUUACGACAUCGAGCCCAAACAAAUCGAAUCCGCUUUGGUCGACAUCGAAGACCAGCUGAAGACUUUGGAGAAGAACGGGCUCCUAAGAGGAAAACUCAACGCCCAAGAACAAUUUGCAUGCGUUAAAGGAACGACGAAGUUGGAAGAAGCAGUCAAGGAUGCACUUUUCAUCCAGGAGUGCGUUCCAGAAAAUCUGGAACUCAAGAGAAAGGUCUGGAAAGGCGUGGAUGACAUCGCCGGCCCCACGACGAUUUUCUCGAGCUCUACGUCCACUUUCUUGCCGUCUUUGUUUUCAGACCACUUGAAAAACAAGAAAAAUAUUGUGGUGUCGCACCCGGUUAACCCCCCUUACUACGUCCCCCUGGUCGAGAUAGUCCCGGCCCCGUGGACCGACCCCGCCGUCACUAAAAAAACCCGUGCCAUUAUGGAAGAAAUCGGGCAGACGCCGGUAUCCCUCUCUAAAGAAGUCCCUGGAUUCGUCGUCAACCGUCUCCAGUACGCCCUGCUCAACGAAACCUGGAACUUGGUCGCCGACGGGGUUCUAGACGUCAAAGACAUCGACAAAGUCAUGUCUGACGGCCUAGGCAUGCGCUACGCUUUCUUAGGCCCCCUUGAAACCACCCACUUGAACGCAGAGGGUUUCGUCGACUACUGCAACAAGUACUCAAACACGAUUUUCUCCGUCAGCAAAGACUUCAAGCCGUUGCAAAAAUGGGAGGGCCCCCUUGUGGACGAAAUCGCAAAACAACUGGAAGCUGACGUCCCGUUGGAAGAACUACAAAAGCGCAGGAUUUGGCGAGACUUAGCUUUAACUAAACUCAGCCAAUUGAAAAAGUCGCUGUAGAUACGUAAUAAACGUUUUUAUUUUCA